GCCCUAACUCAGCGUCUAGAGGCACUUGGCAAAUAAAGAGACAGUUUUGGAAUCAGCGUUUCAUGCUCUUCAGGUCAUCCUACUGAUCCAUGAGGCUUUGAGCAGUAUUGCUCGCUAGGAAUUCAAGCACUAUGACUGGCCUCACAAUGGACUCGGCGAUGCGCCGAUUUCAAGAUAUCCAUAGCAUGUCGCAAGAGGCGAUUGAGACAAUUUCUCUCUGGGUCAUGCAUUACAAGGACAAAAAGUCUAUCGAUAUAAUCGUUGAAGCAUGGCUUGAAAGUUUCAAAAUCGCCAAGAAGGACGAGCAGCGCAUCGCAUUAUUCUACGUAAUGAACGAUGUUGUUCAACGAGCCAAAAACAAGCAUAUGGAUGUACUUAUUCCUGCAUUUCAACCUGCAGUACUUAGCGCUGUCACGAUGGGGAAAGGUUCACCAAGUGUCAAGCAAGUGAUGAGUCGAUGUAUCGAUAUUUUUGGUGAACGUCAAGUCUUUACGGAAGCUAGUGUUAAUGUCAUGAAGAAUAUGCUGCAGUCUGAAGAGAAUGGAGAAGGGGAUGAAAGUUUUGCUGAGUUAGACGCGGAAGAAGUUUACAGGAAAAUCGAACUUUUCGAACGCGGACGGCUCAUUGUCAACCGUGGCAUGGAAGUGAUUAGAAAUGGCGAUUUCGACUGCAGGGCGCUGAUGAAAGAGCGUAUGAGAGACCGGACUGUAGCUGCACAGCUAGUGAUGGAAACUCAGCAGGUUCUUAGUCAGAUAACAUCCUUCCGUCAUUCUAUGGAGGAGCAAAAACGGAAAAUGCUGCAACUUAUCGAGACCUUGGAGCUAGCCAAACGAAAUUUUUCUCAUCAAUUGAAGGACGUUACUGUAGUAGAAGAUGCAUAUCAGAAGUACUUCCAAGGGAUUCAAGAAGUACAUGCCGAUCUGCUUGAGAUGGAAAAGUCCGGAGUCUAUCCUGCCGCGACUCCUCCUCGAGAUGCUCCCUCUCCGACAGCGAACGAUGACAUAUACGCUACUGGAGUUGAGAAUGCACUGCAAAAUUUCCGUUCAACGGGAGCUCGAGACAAUUUGGAAUCAGCAGAUAUGGAGCUGGAUGAUGAUUCGGCUCCCAUCGACGUAGGUGGUACAUCUCCCUUGACCGGCAGUCUUCCACCGCCUCCUGCUCCUCCCGUCGUACUUGAAGCUCACCCACCUGGUACUGGUCAUCAAGCACAUGCGACAUCCAAUGGAAACGCUGGUGUUCUUCCUUCCACUUCCACAGCUCCGUCAUUCCAGUUACCCCAAGGCUUUGGAACUGCGCAGGCAGCCUUUGCUCCUCUAGCGAACAUGUCAGUACCACCUCCGAAUUCUAGCCAGCCACCUCCAGGCUAUCCUCCAGCUGUUUCUCAGCCGCCUUCGAAUCUUGUGUUACCUCCCUCGCUCACCUCCCAACCUCCUCCUAACAUCCAAGCUCUCCUGAAAUCUAUACCCAGCCUUCAAACUAUACAACAAGCUACUGCUGCAGCGGCAGCAGCUGCCGCAGCGUCUACUAAAACGCAGAAUGCAUCACCCAAUUUUCCUCCCCCCAUGCCACAAAGAUUUGGGGAUGUGGAUGAGCGAAUGAAACCGCCUGUUCUCCAACCAGCUUCUCAUGCUGCUGGCCCUACAUCAAAUUACCAUCAAGUGCAGCAACCUCCCCCGGCUCCUCUAGCUUCUGCAUCUUUAGCUCCUGCUCCUCUAGCUCCUGUUCCUAAUUAUCAUCAACAACAACCGAUCCCCCGUCAACCUCCUUAUGCUGAGGAAGGGCCUUCGCAUAUAGAUUACCAGAAAUCUGGCUCUGCUGACUAUGAGCAGUAUAAUGGCGAAGAACAUUUCAAAGCAAUGCGUUCCCGUCUCAUAAUCGGGGCAGACCGCGCGGUGGAAAUUUUUAUCGAGGAAGAGGUGAACACUGGCGAAAACCAAACGAUUUUCGUGGGGGACGUUUUGGAGGAUCUAGAGGAGGUGGAUUCAAUCGCGGACGAGGAAACUAUCAUGGCGGUGGUGGAUAUCAGGGUGGCAGUUUCCAAAGAGGACGUGGACGAGGGAGUUGGGGUCGAGAUGAUCAUUAGAUUAUGUGCAGAAGUCAGUUUCAGAUCAUUAGCGGGUCGCAUUCUCACAAUCCUUAGGUCUCUCAUCUUUGUACAACUUUGUAGCGCUAUUUGAAAACGCACUUUUGCGGUUAUUGUAUUGUAUGCAUUUGUUUGUUUAAGCUUGUUUAAGAAUUGUAUCUGUUACAAUAAUUUUAAGAGAUGUCGAUAUAAGAAUGAUAUUGCAACUGUAUCGCUCUUUGAGUGUCGAACAUUCCACGCCUAUAAAAGAUCUUA